AUGUUUAAUCGGUUGAAUGACAAUGUCAAUGAGCUCAAGGGUCUUGGAUUUGAUGUGCCGGAUCAUGGCAGCUCCACGGACGCCAAUGCCGGAGGACAACAGGGAUCCAUCAGGCGGCGCAGGCGUGGGCUCCACCCGUCGACGUUGGCAGCGCUCCUGGUCGUGCCGUACGUGGCGAUCAGGAAGCACAAGAGCAGCGGCGGCGGCCUAGAGUGCACCCUGUGCCUGACCGCGUUCGACGACGGCGAUGAGCUCCAGCUGCUGCCGCAGUGCUCCCACGCGUUCCACUCGGACUGCAUCGACCCCUGGCUCGAGGACCACGUCACCUGCCCGCUGUGCCGGCCGUGCUAA